ACUAUUUUACUCAAUUAAUCUAUCUUCCCAAGGUCUUUGCAAGCUGAAACCAACUUUACUUUUCUUCCAAACAGAACACUUUCCUCUUCGUUACUGUCAAAGCUCUCACACACACACACACACUCUCUCUCUCUCUCUCUAACUUCAUUGUUUCUCUGAGCUUUCUCAAACAUCAAUUGGGGUUCUGGUGAAGAGAAAGGUAAGCCCUGUGAAACCCAUCUCUCCAUUUCUAACGGUCACUUUUUUUUUUUUUUUUUUUUUUUUUUUCUUUCUUUUCUGGAGAUGUUAGCUUUGAUUUUGUUCAUUUUAGUUCAUUUAAACUCUCAUGCUCUUGUGGGUUGUUUGAAUGAUGAAGGUUUUGCUCUUCUUUCAUUCAAACAGUCCAUUAAAGAAGACCCACAAAGGUCAUUGAACAAUUGGAACUAUUCUGAUGAAAACCCUUGUUCUUGGAAUGGUAUUACAUGCAUAGAACAAAGAGUUGUGUCUCUUAGUAUUCCAAAGAAGAAACUUUUUGGGAAUCUAUCUUCUGCUCUUGGAUCUCUAUCUGAGCUUAGGCAUGUAAAUUUAAGGAACAAUAAGUUCUUUGGAAGCUUACCUGUUCAGCUCUUUCAAGCUCAGGGGCUACAAAGUUUAGUUCUUUAUGGAAAUUCAUUGUCUGGGUCUAUACCAUCUGAGAUUGGGAAGCUUAAUUAUCUUCAAAACUUAGAUUUAUCACAAAAUUUCUUCAAUGGGUCACUACCUAGUUCUUUAAUUCAGUGCAAGAGAUUAAGAACACUUGAUCUCAGUCAAAACAAUUUCACUGGUUCUCUGCCUGAUGGGUUUGGGGCUAAUUUGGUUUCUCUGGAGAAACUCGAUCUUUCGUUCAAUAAAUUCGCUGGUUCGAUCCCUAAUGACCUGGGAAAUUUGUCUAAUUUGCAAGGAACAGUUGAUUUGUCUCACAAUUUGUUUAGUGGCUCAAUCCCAGCUAGCCUUGGAAACCUUCCUGAGAAGGUUUAUAUUGAUCUCACGUACAACAAAUUGAGUGGGGCAAUACCACAAAAUGGUGCUCUAAUGAAUAGAGGACCAACAGCUUUUAUUGGAAAUACUGGCCUUUGUGGCCCCCCAUUGAAGAACCCAUGUCCACCUGAUACUCCUGGUGCUAGUUCACCUUCCUCAAUUCCUUACUUGCCGAGUAACUACCCGCCAAAUGCUGGUGAUAAUGCCGGGCAUGGGAAUGGAAGAGGACUAAGCAAAACCGAUAUAGCCGUAAUUGUUGUGUGUGAUGUGAUUGGAAUUUGUCUUAUCGGGUUGUUGUUCUCGUAUUGUUACUCGAGGUUUUGCGCUGGUAGUAGAAAGGACGAGAACGGUUAUGUUUUCGCGAAGGGAGGGAAGGGAAGGAAGGAGUGUUUGUGCUUUAGAAAAGAUGACUCCGAGACUUUAUCAGAAAAUGUAGAGCAAUAUGAUCUUGUGCCACUUGAUGCACAGGUGGCAUUUGAUCUAGAUGAGCUUCUGAAGGCAUCUGCUUUUGUUCUCGGAAAGAGUGGGAUUGGGAUUGUGUACAAAGUUGUGCUUGAAGACGGCCUUACCUUGGCUGUGAGAAGAUUAGGGGAAGGAGGUUCGCAAAGGUUUAAAGAAUUUCAGACAGAAGUAGAAGCAAUUGGGAAAUUAAGGCAUCCUAAUAUUGUGAACCUCAGAGCCUACUAUUGGUCUGUUGAUGAGAAGCUGCUCAUCUAUGAUUACAUACCUAACGGAAACCUUGCGGUUGCAAUUCAUGGAAAGGCUGGAAUUGUAUCUUUUUCUCCACCAUCAUGGUCUAUUCGGUUGAAAAUAAUGAAAGGGACAGCAAAAGGGUUGGUUUAUCUACAUGAAUAUAGCCCCAAAAAAUAUGUCCAUGGAGACCUUAAGCCGAAUAAUGUAUUGCUUGGACCGAAUUUGGAGCCUCAUAUCUCUGAUUUUGGACUUGGGCGACUUGCCAAUAUAGCCGGAGGAACCCCAACCCUGCAAUCCAAUCGGAUUGCCGCUGAGAAACAGCACCAGAGGCAACAAAGCAAUGCAUCAGAAGCUAUGACAGCGAAUUCGGCCGCAAACUUGGGAUCCUAUUACCAAGCUCCCGAGGCACUGAAAGUGGUGAAGCCAUCACAGAAAUGGGACGUUUACUCGUAUGGGGUGAUCUUACUCGAAAUGAUUACCGGAAGAAUGCCAAUAGUCCAAGUGGGUGCCUCGGAAAUGGAUAUCGUUCAUUGGCUUCAGCUUUGCAUUGAAGAAAAAAAGCCACUUUCUGAUGUCUUGGAUCCAUAUUUAGCUCAAGAUGCUGAUAAAGAAGAGGAGAUGAUUGCAGUUUUGAAGAUUGCAAUGGCAUGCAUACAGACCAGCCCUGAGAGGAGACCGACAAUGAGGCAUGUCUCCGACGUUUUGGAGAGAUUGGCUACAUCAGAUGAAUGAAAAUUGCUACCUGGUUUCUAAAAUUCAGAUUAUGAAUGAAGCUUUAAGUUGCUGUCAAACUGAUUUGGGGUCUUGAGAAGAUGGUUUAAUUCGAAUUUCGGUGAAAAUAUGACAAUGGUGAAGCAGUCCAAGGGAAAAAGAAUUGCAUAAUAGUUUGGUGAAGAUAGAGUUCUUGACUUCAUUCAAUGUAGGAUCCUAUAGUUUCUCAUUGUAGAUGUGCUAGGCAAAGGUAGGUCUGCUGUAAGAGUGGGAGAUUGAAAUUGUUUGUGUGGUGCGUUGGCUGUUGUUAUAUAUAUGUGUACUGGAAGGUUGUCUUCUUCUUCUUGCUCUUAUUGUAGACCUUUUGUCUGCUUGUUGUUUUUCUUAUUUAUUGAAAUAAUUAUUUGUUUGUUGUU